AUGGAACCGGAUCUUCGAAGUCCGUUGGAAGUAGGCCAAGUCAUGCGCCAACUGCAGCAUUUGUUGCGUCAUUUGGAUGUGUGUGAUGGCAAUAUGGAGGAAGGAUCAAUGCGUUGUGACUUGAAUCACUGCGGCUCCUUUUGGCGAAAAAGUGGAGGCGAAGAAUAUGACAGCAUUCGCAAUAUGAUGCUUGCAGUAGAGUACGAAGCAAGAUGGCAGAUUGCGCUCACAGAGAAAGAAAAUGGAGAGGCGCAUCGCGAGACACGUUCUUUUGAUGCUGCUACUGGAGAAACUAAACGUAUGCGGUCAAAGGAGGGAGCAACGGACUAUCGAUUCUUUCCCGAGCCAGACCUACCUCCGCUUGUUUUUACGAACUCAUUGAGAAGAUCCGUAACAGAAUGCCAGAACCCACGAUCUUACACCAUACAAAAGCUCAAUGUUGGUGAACGAGCCUGGUGCAGCACACUUCUUCGAGUCAAUUGCGACACAAGACACUCGACCGUCAAAUAUGGUAGUGGAUGGGUGUUGAACGAUUUGUUUAGACACUUGAAAGCAUCCAACAGCGACAUUUUCAGCUGCCCAGUGCAAGCCAUGGAGCUUGGCGCUUUCAUGGAUCUUGUUCAGGACGGUACUAUAUCGGGCAAAAUCGCUAAGGAUGUACUAGAGGUCAUGUCUUACGACAACACUCCAAAGAAAACACCGCUGCAAAUUGUGAUAGAAUAG